AUGGCAAACAUGGAGAAAAUCCAAUUUCCCGCUCUAGACAUCACGGGCACCAACUACAUUUCAUGGGUUACAAAUGUCGAACUUCAUCUUGAAUCUCUUGGUUUAUCUGAGACCAUUAAUGAGGAUAAUACUUCAACACCACAAGACAAGGCGAAAUCGGUGAUCUUCCUUAGAAGACACCUUAAUGAAAGUAUUAUUUAUGACUAUGCCAACAUGAGAGAUCCUAAAGAGCUAUGGAAGUCUCUGAAAGAUCGUUUUGAUCAUCAGAAAGACAUAACACUUCCACUUGCUCGAGAUGAAUGGCAAAUCACCGAGUCUCAAAUGCUUGAAAAGACAUACACCACAUUCCACAAGAGCCACAUCACCCUGCAACAACAAUAUAGGUUGCGGGGAUAUACCAAAUUUUCGGAUUUGAUUGUGGCACUUCUCAUAGCAGAAAAGAACAACGAGCUUCUGAUCAAGAAUCACAUGACUCGUCCAACUGGUUCCAAAGCGUUUCCCGAAGCAAACGCAUUAGAUGCGAAGAAACCAGCAAAGGUAAAUAAGGCUUUUCGCGGUCGCGGACGUGGUCGUCAAAACUACCGUGGACGUGGACGAAAGUACAAUCCACAGGAUAGGAAGUCAUUCCAGUGGGUCCGCUCUGAACAAUCCCCUAAGGGAAAAGAACGACAAGGAAGUACCUCCCAGAAGCGAGAAGAUGCUUGUUUCAGAUGCGGUACUAAGGGACAUUGGUCUCGUAUAUGUCGUACCCCUGCACACCUUUGUGAUCUGUACAAGAAGUCCGUCAAAGAGAAAGAAAAGGAGGUAAACUUUGCAGAACAUUCUGAGGGUACAACGCACCUCGAUGCGUCUGACUUUGUGAAUGAUUUCGAGGAGACCGCUAUCACGGAAUCUUAA